ACCUGCUUGCAAUUGUUGUUGGUGAUGAAAUCAUCUAAUUUGAGAAGGUUUCUUUAAUUGUAGAAAGUGUAGAAGGGUUAGUUAUUGGACAAUCUUGGAUCAUAUUUGAUGUUUGCAAACUUAAGUGCAGAGGAGUCAUGCUAGAGUUAUGAAAACCGUUGUCUGUAAGUUUGUUACCUUUGCACUUGUUUGUCUCAUUGAAGGAUUGACUGUUGCAUUAAAUGAUAGAGAAACAAGGUCACUCGAUGGGUUUGUUCCUUAUGAAAAGAGGGCAAAAAAAAGAGAGAAUCAACACUGUGGUUAUCAUAUGAAACUCUGAACACAACGAGGGCAGAGCUAUUGGUUUGUUUGACCAAAGAUUGGUGAACUGUUCCAGAUUUGAAGAACAUUAUUACAGUUGCGUUUAGUGCUUCUAGUGCACAGAAAUGACGCAAUUUAGACUAAAAGCGAUAUUGCAAUAAAGCAAGAUUUUCAUGUUGGUGUAGCGUGAGGGUUUUUUCUUCCUGCUAAGGCACAUGGAGUUGAAGACACUCAAUGUCUUCAGUGUCGUCAGUGACAAUGCUGUCAACUCAAGGGGGUUACCAACUGACUGUCGCUUAAAGGGAUAGUUCACCCAAAAAUGUAAAUCCUUUUAUUAAUUGAGUAAUUUAAAAGGCCCUCAUGUCUUUACGAACACAGAAGGCCUUCGUUUAUCUUCAGGAAACAGAUUAAGAAGUUUUUGAUGAAUUCUGAGAGCUCUCUCAAAGUCAUUACCGCUAUCAAGGUCCAGAAACGCAGGAGAUCGGUGAAAUAAUCCAUGUGACAUCAGGGGUUGAGUCGUAAUUUUACGAAGCGGAGAGAAUACAAAAAUAGCUUAAUUAAAUAAUUAGUCUUCUCAGCAUCACCCUAUAGUGCAAUUCUGGAGAUAUGUUGUUCUUUGUCAGUUGCGUCACACACAGAUUCAUUGUUUUUGUUAAAAUCAAAGCAUAAACAAUGUAGAAAACAUUUGCAUGAUUUUUUGUUUUCUUUGCAUACAAAAAGUCAUCUUGAAGCUUAGUGAAAUUGUGGUUGAUGUCGAAUGGAUUAUUUUACCGCUCUCCUUGCUACGUUUCUGGUUCUUGAUUGUGUUAAUUACUUUGCUUUUAUGGAGGGCCAGAAAGCUCUCAAAAUUAAAGGAAAAAUAUUUUAAUUUGUGUUCUGAAGAUGAACAAAGCUCUUACAGGUUUGGACGACAUAAGGGCGAGCAGUUAAUGACAGAAUACAUUUUUUGGUGCCUUUUAACCUAGUUUUUAACUGGCUGUGUUACAGGAUGGAUCUGUUUGGGUGGAUCUGUCAUAAGAAGCUGGUGUGAGGUGUGGCUGCUGUCCCUCCCUAAUGCCUGUUUCUCCAGGCUAUGCACGUCUUAACCAAAAUGAGCCUAUGAACUCUCUUCGCAUCUCUGUUGGAGGGCUACCAAUGCUGGCCUCCAUGACCAACACCACCGACCCUCGCUUCCGCAUCAAAUGGAAAGCCAUCGUGGUGGUAGCAUCAGCACUAACCCUCGUCCUCCUCAUCUACAUGCAGCUGUUGCCCUUCCACCCCCAACCCAGAGGCAAAUAUGGUUUGAGGUUAAACCAUCAGGAGGUGAGGACGGAAGGCCGCUACAAUGACACAUACCCCCUCAGUCCACCGGAGCGCACGGCGCAGGGCACGCGCUACCGAAUAGGGGUCAUCGCGGACCUGGACACGAACUCGCUCAGCGACAAGAAGCUGACCUGGUUCAGUUACAUGCUGAAGGGUCACCUCCUGGUGUCGGAGAGUGGGGAUACAGUGGCGGUCGAAUGGGAUCAGGACAGGGUGGUCUUGGAAAGCCACUUGGCAGAGAAGGGUCGGGGCAUGGAGCUCUCCGAAUUAGUUGUGUUUAACGGCAAACUGUACAGCGUGGAUGAUCGUACGGGUGUCGUAUAUAAUAUAGAUGGACCUAAAGCAGUUCCCUGGGUCAUACUGCCAGAUGGGGAUGGCUCGGUUACAAAAGGGUUUAAGGCAGAGUGGCUUGCAGUAAAGGACGAGCAUCUAUAUGUGGGGGGUUUGGGGAAAGAGUGGACCACCACCAACGGAGAAGUGCUGAACGACAAUCCUCAGUGGGUAAAAGUGGUGGGAUUCCACGGAGAUGUACAACACCAGAACUGGGUUCCUAAAUACAAUGCUCUUCGCAGCGCUGCAGGCAUCAGCCCACCUGGGUACCUUAUACACGAGUCUGCAGCUUGGAGCGACACGUUACAACACUGGUUCUUCCUGCCACGACGCGCUAGCAGCGAGCGAUACGAGGAAACGGCAGAUGAGCGACGGGGCACCAAUCUAAUGCUCAGCUGCUCGCCAGACUUCCAGGACAUUAAAGUAAAAAACGUUGGGAUCCUGAACCCUACUCAUGGCUUUUCAUCCUUCAAGUUUGUCCCCAACACAGAUGAUCAGAUUAUUGUUGCUCUAAAGUCUGAGGAGGAUGCAGGGAAAAUCGCCACUUACAUUGUUGUGUUCACCCUGGACGGCCGAAUCCUGCUUCCUGAAACUAAGAUUGGGGACGUGAAGUAUGAGGGACUUGAGUUCAUUUAGAGAUUAUAUGAAGGUAAAUACAUGCCAAGGACUGGUAAAUACCUUCUUCUAGAUGAUGUGCAUCUAGAUGUGGACAUUGAAGUGACUUUACGUUGAAGAGUUGAAUGAUGUUCAAAUAAUGCCAACUGGCUAUUGGCAGCCAUUGCCUAAAAUGUGGUUGUGGUUAUAGAAACUAAAGAAACUAGUAUAUAUACCUUUAUUUUAAAAGAUUUAUCAGAGCCUUCAUCAAAAAAUAAAUAAAUAUUGCCAUUUUCAACAAUGACCAUUUGUGGUUUCACGCCAGUACUGUACUUGCUGUGUAAUGAAUGUAACAGAAUGAAUGAAGUGAUGGACUAUAGUUCAUGCAUAAAAUAGCUUGCCAUGUUGUUUUGUUGACUGUUUUUUUUGUAUCUCGCAUUUUUGUUUUUUACUCUCUUGAUCUCAAUGUCUUAAGCAGAUCAGUUACCUUUAAAUAGAACUCUGAAAUGUGACAAAAAUUGAAUCUUCACAAAAUCGACUUUACUUAUUGAUGCACCGGAUCUAUUUAUUUGUUGUUGCUGGGGUUUUUUUUGUUCGUUUAUUUUCUGAAAAUGACAGAUUUAAGGUUUUUUUAAGAAAGAGUUUAGUGAACCUCAUUUUAUUUUAUCCAGUAGUCUGAAUCAAUUUGUAUGGUUUUAGGGAUUUUGUUAAAAAAAGUCAAUAAAAUAAAAUGAAAACAAAAUGAAUCGCGU